AUGCGCUUGGCAGGCAAGCGCGCGCUGGUGACCGGCGGUGCCUCGGGCAUCGGCGCUGCGACCGCUGAGCGCUUCGCGGCAGAAGGCGCAACCGUCGCGAUUGCCGAUCUGAACGGCGCCGGCGCGGACAAGCACGCGGAAGCAAUCCGCGCCCAGGGAGGAACGGCGGUCGGCUUGGCCGCCGACGUCGGAGACGUCGAGUCCGUCGCCGCCAUGGUGGAUCGCGCCUGGGAGGCGCUCGAAGGCCUCGACAUUAUCGUGAACAACGCCGCGAUUCCGACGAUGGGCACCGUCGAGACCCUCGCCGCCGACGAAUGGGAUCGUGUGCUCGACAUCGACCUUUCGAGCAUCUAUCGGACCUGCCGGGCGGUAUGGCCGCGCUUCGUCGCAGCCGGCGGCGGGACUAUUUUGAACACGGCGUCGGUCGCGGGAAUCAUCGGCAUGGCCGGCCAACACGGCUAUUCCGCCGCCAAGGCGGGUGUCGUGAUGCUGACCAAGUGCAUGGCUCUCGACGGCGCCGCCACCGGCAUCCGCGUGAACUGCGUCUGUCCCGGCUUCGUCGAAACGCCGAUGGUCUUGACGUAUUUCGACGCGCAGGAUGACCCUGAGGCGAGCCGGGCGGCGGUCAAUGCCGCUCAUCCCUUGGGCCGCAUGGGCCAACCCGCCGAGAUCGCGGCCGCGUUCCUCUAUCUGGCCUCCGAUGAGGCCCGCUGGGUCACCGGGACGGCACUCGUGAUCGACGGCGGGCUCACCGCCGGACUGCCGCCCGGGUAG